GGGUGCAGUCGAACGCCAAAGUCCAAAAGUCUGUGCCGUGUUGUGUGUUUGUGUGUGUGUGUAAUGUUUAUUUAGGUCGACGUUUGUUCGAUAAAAAAAAAAAAAAACACAAUACAGUUUUACACACAUACACAUACACGCGGUCGUCGUUGUUUUGCGGUUUUGAUGAUUUGAUCAAUUAUUAGCCCAGGCCCCAGUGGCGUACGGUCGCGUUAUCUCGCAUGUAUCCUCACGGCGAUCACGGCAGCGUCGACAGCAGCGGCGGCGGCAUAUUCAGCUAGUAGUAGCUGCUGAUGUAGUGGUGUGCACAGUGCUAACACUAGCGGCCAGGCCAGUCAAUCGGAUACCGACGACCGAGGCGUGUGGUUCGUGUUUAUCAAUAAUAAUAUCAAUAAUAUUAUUGUGUUUUUUUUAUCGCUCACCGUUUGUUGUGUGACAUUUUGACUUUUACCACCCGAACCCCGCCGUUUUUUUAUAUCGUCGUUGUUUUGUGUCUUCUGCCCUUUAGACGUCCGAUGGCGUUGGAACAACCGAGAAAAUCGUCGACAAUGUUGUUGGCGUUGUUGUUGUUGUUCGGCGCGGCCGCUGUGGCGGUCGAGUCCGGAUUGGUCAGGUGCGUCCGACCCGAACUGAGUAUGUGCUACUGCGGCAAGACCGCGUACGACCGCCAAGACCUGUACGUCGUCAACUGUACGGACACGUCGUUGUCGACGGCCAAGAGUCUGGAAGUGUUUGGUAACCUGCCCGCUGAAGUAGAGGUGUUCAUAUUCACGGGAAACUAUUUGACCGAGUUGCCGUCGAACAUAUUCGGCACAAACAGUACGAUCGAUAAGCUACGCUAUCUGGACAUGUCCAACAACAGUAUCAAGUUAAUCAAAGGAAAGAGUUAUCAUCAUGUGUCGGCCGUCGAACGGCUUGUACUCAACAACAACCAAAUAGAUCUCGGCGAGCUGGGCUAUCAUCAUCCGAGAGUAUUUUCAAAUUUCAACAAUUUAUACGAACUGCAUUUGACCAAUGCAUUUGCCGACACCGAUACGAUCAACAUUACUACCAACUUAUACGAAGUAUUCCUCAACAGCAAUUUGAGUAAUUUGGUCAAACUUCAUUUGGAACAUAAUAAAAUAAGUAUUAUAACGGAACCACGAGUAUUUUGCCGUUUGCCGUCCAUGCUUGAUUUACACCUCAGCAACAAUGAACUGACCGGUAUCAACUUCAACAUUGAGUGCUUGUCCCGUUUGCGUUUCCUGGACCUGGAAAACAACAAGAUACAGACACUUCCAGAAAAGCAGCUCUCCGCUUUGGAUCGUGUACACCACAACAACCAAUCGCUGGCUAUCGACUUAUCCAACAAUCGUUUUUUGUGUGGUUGCGCUAUUGAAAAUAUCUACAGUUGGUUACGCACCACACGCGUGAACGUUCGAAACAACGAAACGAUUCGAUGCACUAUUGGAGAGAAAAAUCCAUUGGACCCCUUUGCCGCUUAUCACACGGAAUGUCCGAGCCCCGUGCGUACCACGUUAGUUGACAGUAACCACGGCGGACACAAACUUGUGGCGGUUUUUGUUUUUUGUGCGGUGAUCGCCUUCCUGGGCGCUGUGGUGUACGUUUCUAGAUUCGGAUUGAAACGCUUACGAUCGGAAUUCAACACUUCGUCUCGAAAGAUACAUUACACGACCAUCGGCAGAGGCGAAGAACAAGAAAUACACGUAUGAUAGUAAUAAUGCAAGGAAUUUAGUGGCGGUAUUAAUAUAACGGCAUGUGGAUGAUAUCUGGCUCGUGCUUUAGGAAAAGACUGAUUUUUAUUUUAUUUUGUUCAAUGGAACGAUAAAUGUCAUGUUUAGCAUAAUACUACUCUGUUAACAGUGUGCAUACGCGGUUCACUAAUUAUU